AAGAAUUCCACAAAUCCUGGCAAAUCAAUGUUAGAACGAGUGUUGGAUUUCUCAGUGAGUCAGUGGUCGUCAUUAUUGGAACCUAGAGUCACGCCGGUCAGGUGGGAUUUGUUUGGGUCAGCCUUUAUCAACAUUCCUCGCAACACUGUCGGCAGUACUGGCUUCCAUCCCCAGCUGUCGCCACAUGCACUCAAAACAUGAUCAUUAGGAAGAAAAGCAGCAGCAGCAGCAGCAUGCCUGGCCACUAUGAUGGCUAUGGUAUGACCUCAUCUGGAAACUACAGGUCUGGCAGUUCCCGGAUGGGGAGGGAGAGGGACCCCAUGGAUUACAACCAGUACAGCAGCAGUGCCACCUACUCCAGUGCCUCGGUAUCCUCCUCCAGGUACCGUGAUGGUGGCAUUGGUGGUGGAGGUGGUGGUGGUAUUGGUGGAGGUGGUGGUGGUGGUGGAGGUGGAGGUGGAGCUGGAGGCGGUGGAGGUGGUGGUGGCGGAGGCACCAUGUACAGCAGCAGUGGUGGUGGGGACUACAGCAUGGGGCGAGGCAGCAGCAGUAUCCUGGGUGGCGGCCAGGGUGAUGGGCUGAUGCCAUACCCCCCGGCACCCUCCUAUGCCAUGGGGUCACACGGCAUGCGUGCCGGCAGCAGCCCGGGACUCCCCUCGGGUACGCAGAGCUACGGCUCCUCGUCAUCCCGCUCGGGCUAUGAUGGACCUUCAGCGUCACAUUCCAAUUAUGAGGGCGGCUCUUACUCCCGCUCCAGUUACAGCGGUGCCAGCUCCCGCUCCAGCUACGGCAGCAGCGCACCCACCCACUCCAGCUAUGACAAGAGUGCCACCUCUCGCUCUAGUUAUGAGGGUGCAGCCUCGUCUCGCUCCAGCUACGAGGGCAGUGCUUCCAUGCGUUCCAGCUAUGACAUCAGCACCUCUCGCUCGGGCUACAGCGCCUCCCAGCCUGGAUACAGCGGCCCCUCUCGCUCCAGCUACGAAGGAGGGCUGUCUCGCUCUGACUACAAUUCUGGUCCUGCUCGCUCCAGCUAUGACUCGGGCCACUCAACGCGGCCCAGCUACCAGGACAGUGCCGUCCCGCGCUCCAGCUAUGGGGGCAGCAGCAUGUCUCGCUCCAGUUAUGACGUUCCUGCUGUCCCUCGCUCAAACUACGAAGAUAUCCCCACCUCGCGCCCCAUCCUGGGUGGCUCUCGCAGCACAGUGCCUUCAUACGGGCCUGAGAGGAGCUAUGGCACCUCCUCUACCUACAGCUCUGAGCCCAAUUACAGCAACGGGGCAAAUUACAGCGCUGCAUCUGGUGGUUCCAGCUACCGGGAGAGUCUGCAUGAAGGUCCAAGCUACAGGGCAGCCUCUACACAUGGUGGUGGCGGUGGUGGUGGUGGCAUAGGCAGUGGUGGUGGUGGUGGUGGCGGCGGCAGCAGCGGCGGUGGCGGAGGCGGCGGCAGUAAUGUAGGCUACAACAGUGGACCAGGCCUGCUGUCAUGGGAGGAAGGAGCUGGCCCCCAGAUGGCAGGCGGCAGAGGGCACCACUCUCUUGCCCCCACCCCACGAGUGCCUGGAGCAGGGCUGCUGGAGAGGCCCCCGGAAAGGGAGAGGCAGGUCCUGGGAGGCAGUGUGGGUGGUGUAGGUGGUGUGGGAGUGGGUGGUGCAGGGGUUGGUGGUGGUGGCCUGCAGAGAGGAGCCACAGACAUCAUAGGUGCCGUCAACCAACUCACACAGAUGGACAACCCAGAGUCCAAGCUGGCACUCAACAUUCUCAAUGCUGUGCUAUCUUCGCCUCAGCAGGAGCGGCCACAGGUAUGGGAGGAGGAGCCGCCAGCCAAGACAAGACGUAUGGACUGGGAUGGGGGUCAUGAUUCUCACCGCGGGGAGGGUGGCUCACCCCUCUUGCAUCCACCACCGCCUGCACGCAAGUUCCCUCAGCCUGACCGUCAGCACGUGUCCCGGCACCCCUGGGAGGGCCAGCCGCCCCACCAGGCCUGGCCCAACCGCUCCUCGACCUCGGCAGGACACACCGCCAUGCCCAGUAACCAAUACUUUAAGAAAGUCCCCACUAGGAGCCGGCGGGGCAAGCCCCGGCCAGAUGCCAGGGACUAUAGAGCCCCAGCCAGGGAGCAGAAGAAGGCCCGAAGUGAGACGGAGGCAGCGGCCGGGACACCGGGGGGCCACAAGGGAGUUAAGGGUGACAGUGGCCCCUCAGCCGACCCCACACUGAGUGCCUCCAGCGAGAAGGAGCGUGCCGCACCCAAGGAUGAACCAGACAAGGAUGACGGUCCCCCUGACCCUCGCAUCCCACCAGGAAUGCCUGCAAGACUCUUCAUCCCCAAUGAGCUGCUGAUGUGUCACAUGUGUGGCAUCAAGAAGUUCAACAGGGUCGGGACCUACCUGCGCCACCUGGAGAGCCCCGAGCACUAUGAAUCUUCCCAGGCCUACCAUGCUGUGGGGGCGUGUGUCAUGGAAUUGCUGCUCAUUGAGGCCAAGCUGGCAUCACUGCGCUGUGCCGACCAUCCCUUCCAUCCGAUGCUCAAGUGCUGGAGGUGCCAGGUGUACGCCAACCUCAAGGACCACAACAACAGCCUGGAGCACCUGCUGGUCUCUCACUUCAUGAAGGUGCGCUGCUGCGGCCGACACUUCCCCACCAGGGCCGAGCUGGAGGAGCACCGCCUCUCCCUGCACCACUAUCGUUACGUGCACCGCCACAAGGGGGCCGACGCAACACCGGAGCUGGAGGAGGAGGAGGAGGAGAAGGAACGUAAAGCAGCCGUUGCCGUGGAGGUGAUACAGGAGGCUCACCGCAGGCACCAGGAGGGGAGGACCCACCUGUCACCUCCACCACUCUGCCCCCAUAUGAUCCUGAUACUCCUGUGGGCCUGCACCUCGUCCAGACUCGUUCAUUCUACAAGUGCAGUGUUUGUCCUGAGAACAAGUUGAAGCUGACCAACGAGAUGCUGAUCAAGACACACUUCCACUCCAUCUUGCACUACAACAACCUGUGUGAUCACAUCCUGCAGCUGGCGGAGGCAAAGAAGAAGCAGAGCCGAGAGAAGUACUUGUCAAAGAUUGCAGAGAAGGACAAAAACAAAGGCGACUCUGCAGAAGGGAAGGAC